AUGUUCAGAGACGUCCUUGAUCUAUCGUCCGCCAAAACAGCAGACCACGAUUUGCAAUAUGUCCAACAUCUCCGAACCGCUUUCCCUGGGAUGAUUGUGACCGCCAUUCCAGCGAACAACAUCCCACUCCUCACAUUCGCUGCGUCGGGCUACGCUACUGUUGAGCAGGACAAGGAAAGCGACUCGAUUUUCACAUGGCGAGGAUACACUGGACCUUCGCCUUCCGCGCGGGAUGGAUCGCUGGCUGAGGCGGUGCAUUUCGGAAAGUAUGGGUAUCAUUGGGGAGGGGAGGAUUUUAUUCUUUAUACCGUGGGGAAUUUGCAGUAUGUGCUCAAGGAGAGGCGGGAGGGGGAGCAUCCUCUUGGGCCUUCCAAUGCUACGGAUUCCCUUAUCAAGGCGGUUGGUGGUUGGAUUCUGAAUGAUGUGGUCUGGGUGUACGACAACUAUUGGUAUCAGGACAAAAACCUCUAUCGACAGGUUCAGAAAAUGAGUUGGGAUAAGGUGAUUCUGGAUGAGGGAAUGAAGCAGGAUCUCCAAACGGCGGCGACGAAGUUCUUCGAUUCGAAGGAUGUCUAUGAUGAUCUUGGUGUGCCGUGGAAGAGAGGUUUGCUGUUCCAUGGUCCUCCUGGAAAUGGCAAGACGAUUUCGAUCAAGGCUUUGAUGCAUACGCUGCUGGACCGCAAACAUCCGAUCCCCACGCUGUACGUCAAGAGUGCGCCUUAUGUCUAUAACAUCAACCAGGUCUUUUCUCAGGCGAGAGCGCUGGCGCCUUGUAUGCUCGUGUUGGAGGAUAUCGAGACGAUCGUGAAGCCGGAUACCAGAUCCUACUUCUUCAACCAGAUGGACGGACUGGAGAACAACGAUGGUCUCUUCGUCGUCGGGUCCACGAAUUUCUUGGACAAGCUCGAUCCUGGAUUGACCAAGCGGCCUAGUCGAUUCGACAGGAAGUACCUCUUUCCUAUUCCCAACGAGCAUGAGAGGACUCUUUAUUGCCAAUAUUGGCGCAAGAAACUCACGAACAAGCCGGAGAUCAAGUUCCCCGAGAAGCUCUGUCCGGCGAUGGCUCACAUUACUUCGGGUUUCUCUUUUGCGUUCUUGCAGGAGUGUUUCGUGGCCACUUUAUUGGUGCUUGCACGGCAGACGGAUGGCAUCGAGAGGGAUGAUGAUGACCUGGAGAAGUACGAGCUGUGGAAGGUGUUCAAGAAGCAGGCGAAUAUCUUGCGGAAGGAGAUCAAUACGGAGCCUGCUCGUUCGCCUUCCGUUGGGAAGAACCAAUACAUCAACCCAGCGGCGUUUGAGUUGAAGUGA